GAAGAGAUGUUUUUUUUCUAUAGACUUUGUAGUAGUACCAUACUCCUCCACUCCCAACAAAACUAUUAGACCCUUCUCUUUUACUCCAAAACCAAAAAAUAAAAACAACAAAAUUCGCCAAAUAUUAAACACGCACACACACAGUGGAGAAAGAAAACAGCCAAAGCAAAGGAGGCAAGAAAACCUUUUCACACCAAACACCCAGAGCUGAAUAAGCCUUUUCUUUUCACACACAUACAAUACAUACGCACAAAUCUCUGUUUCUUAAAUCAUCGUCAUCACCUUCAUCAUCAUCAUCAUCAUCGCGAUUAUACAGAUAUUUAUCCGUAUAGGGGGGAAGAGUGUGUGUGUGUGUGUUUGUGGCGGUGGGUGGGCAGAGAGGAAAGAAUUGGGAGGAAAUUAUUGGAAGGAAGGAAGAAAAAAUGUCUCAGAACGGGAAAUUGAUGCCCAACUUAGACCAGAACAGCACAAAGCUGCUUAAUUUAACGGUGCUUCAACGAAUCGAUCCCUUCGUCGAAGAGAUUCUCAUCACCGCUGCUCAUGUCACUUUCUAUGAAUUCAACAUCGACAACAGCCAAUGGAGUCGGAAGGAUGUGGAAGGAUCUCUCUUUGUAGUCAAGAGAAAUACUCAACCUCGGUUUCAGUUUAUUGUAAUGAACCGGAGAAAUACAGAUAAUCUGGUAGAAAAUCUCUUGGAAGACUUUGAGUUUGAGAUACAGGUUCCAUAUUUAUUGUAUCGUAAUGCGGCUCAGGAAGUUAAUGGAAUAUGGUUCUAUAAUGCACAUGAAUGUGAAGAGGUCGCCAAUCUUUUUACCAGAAUACUGAAUGCAUAUUCCAAGGUACCGACCAAGACCAAAGUAUCUUCUACAAAGAGUGAAUUUGAGGAACUGGAAGCUGUCCCAACUAUGGCUGUUAUGGAUGGUCCGCUGGAACCUCCAUCAUCAACUUCUUCUACUGUCCCAGAUGUUCCUGAUGAUCCUUCCUUUGUGAACUUUUUCAGUACUGCUAUGAAUAUUGGCGCUGCGCCGAAUGCAACUGUUGGUGGUCAGCCUUAUCAUAUGUCUGUUCCAGUUCCUCCAACUUCUCGCCCUCAAGGGCCAGUAAUGCCUGCUAUUGCCAACAUGCGAGUUCCGUCUCCUCCUCUGUCAACCACCACCCCCUUGAUGCCUCUGCUUGACAACCCUGAACCCGCGAUGGAUGCUCACAGAUCAGCUAACUUGGUGAAGCCAUCAACCUUUUUUGGGCCCCCUCCUUCCUCUCCUCUGAUGGUACCACCCGUGGUUUCAUCUACACCUACUGCUCCUCCACUUAAUCCUCCUGGCAGUCUCCAGCGGCCUUAUGGUACUCCUUUACUGCAACCAUUUCCACCACCGACGCCCCCGCCAUCUCUUACACCGACAGCUGCUACUUCAUCUAACGUCAUGCCUGCUAUUACGAGAGAGAAUAUCCGCGAGGCACUUCUGGUGCUUGUUCAGGACAAUCAAUUUAUUGACAUGGUUUACAGGGCGGUGCUGAAUGCGCAUACAUCGUGACCGACCAACUGCUGUUAUUUCUUGGAGUUGAUGCUUAUUGUGCAUUAUUUAGGUUAAAUGUAUGAAUCUUAUUUGGUACUGAGAAACACUGUAUAGAUGUUAAUUUUGUUUAUUCUUACAUCUGACUACUGAUUUCAUCGGGAGUGGUUUUGUCAAGUUUUGAUGGUUUAAUAGCUUCUUCCUAGUCUAUAUACAUAUGACUGUGUAUGUCUUUCUAAUUAUUUAGUCACUUGGUACCGGAGUCUCGAGCAUAUUUGACUUGAAAGUUAGGAGAGGGGUUGGUGGUGGCAACUCUAGAGAAUUUGCUUUUGUACCAACCAGAAUGUAAUCAAGUUCAAUCUGGAAUGUGCAAUGAAAAAUAGAAAACAGAUUCUUGAUACAAA